AUGCGACUUCAGCAAGUUCUACUGGUGGUGGCACUCAUCCUUAUAGCUGCCACCUCGGAAGCCUCCGAGAGAAUGAAUACCAAGAUCACAACGUUGCCCAACUCGAUUGCCGAAGACCGCAGCGGUGCUAUUCAGAACCGUUUGCUGCAGACAGACAACAACGCCGACGCAACAGACUCUGAUGAGAGGGCUGAAGGUGUGUUUUCAAAUAUCCUCAUGCAUACAAAAGUAAGGUUGUGGCUGGAAAGGGGGAAGAAGAACGACUAUGUCAAGGCGAAGCUGAAGCUCAACGGGCUGGAAGGAGCAGCCCUGAAGGCGCACAAGAACUACAAGUACUAUGAAUACUUUGCCAAAACUCUUGAGGGUUACAAGCUUAGCAAGUGGCUUAUAAGCAACCCGGAGCGUUGCUCCGGGAGGGUACACAGGUCGGCGAAUAGUUUCAUGGACGAUGAUAACGGAUAA